AUGGCUUCAUAUCUGGUUACCGGCUCAUCCCGCGGCCUCGGUCUGGCGCUCGUUUCCCGAUUGGCCUCACUGCCAAAAUCCGAAGUCGCGCGCAUCAUCGCAACCGCGCGCCAAGACAACUCGUCUCAGCUGAAGGAGAUCGUGAGCGCCUCAUCGGGACGCGUUGAAUUCGUCAAACUGGAUGUCACCGACAAGGCCAGCGUUGAGGAGGCUAUCAAGUCGGUAGAGCAAAAAUUGCAAGGCAAGGGGCUUGACUACCUCAUUAACAAUGCAGGCGUGAUGGAUUCGUCCAAGAAUGGGCUGGAGGGGAUGGAUAAUCUGAAUGAAAUAUUCAACACGAAUGUCACUGCAGUUCACCUGGUCUCGCAAGCCUUCCUGCCUCUUCUUCGGAAGGGACAAAAGAAGGUUGUUAUCAACAUAUCGACUACUUUAGGCUCCAUUGCCACGGCCAAAGUUUACGCACAGGGACGUUGUCCCGCCUAUAAGAUCUCCAAAGCUGCAUUGAACAUGCUUAAUGUACAAUAUGCCCAAGAUUAUGCGGAGGAAGGCUUCACUUUUCUCGCUGUUAGUCCAGGUUGGCUGCGCACCGACCUCGGAAGCUCUUACGCAGAUCUCCCCGUUGAGACUGGCGCGGAGAAAGUAAUCGAUAUUGUGCAGAAGGCAACCCCUGAGCAGAAUGGAAAGUUUGUAAACAUCCAUGUUCCCGGAUGGGAGGAGGCAGAAGGAAACAAUCAGUAUCCUGGAGGCGAAGUUCCUUGGUAA